GUUUCCCUAAUCCACGGCGGCAACAUGAGGAUUUUCUUAUUUCACUUGUGGUAUCUCUGAAAGAGUUGCUGACAUCAAGACACGUGCUCAAUCCAUGAAAUGCCUCACUACUUUCUUUGAAGUUGUUGGCCCAAGAUUUAUUUUUGAGAGGAACAUAUUCUUUAGCUGACUAUGAUCAUGAAAGAGCACAAAAAUCCUAAAGUUCUUAGUGAAGGCUUGCUGUGGAUGGUCACAGCAAUUGAGGAUUUUGGUGUUUCACAUCUGAAACUCAAGAGGAUGUAAUUGAUUUUUUAAGGAUGUUGGGUUGCAUUCCAAUGCUGCUGCCACAUGAAAUGCGACAAUUAAACUUAUUGGUGUCCUACACAAAUUUGUUGGCCCGGAUAUCAAGGGAUUCUUAUCAGAUCUAAAGCCAGCUCUUCUAAGUGCUCUUGAUGCAGAAUAUGAAAAAAAAACCCAUUCGAGGGUACAUCCUUUGUACCGAAGAGGACAGUGAAGGCAUCAGAUUCUGUAUGUGUGUCUGGUGGUGGGUUAGAUAGUCUCCCACGUGAAGACAUAAGUGGAAAGAUUACACCUGCUUUGCUUAAGGGUUUAGAAAGCUCAAAUUGGAAGAUUAGGUUGGAAUUGAUUGAAGGUGUAAAUAAAAUUUUAGAAGAGGCCAACAAGCGCAUUCAGCCUACUGGCGCUGGAGAGCUGUGCUGUUUGGUGCCCUUAGGUGCCGGUUGUAUGACAGCAAUAAGAAUAUUAUCAUGUCAACUCUAUCUAUAGUUGGUGCGGUUGCAUCUUCUAUGGGGCCAGCAGUUGAGAAGUCAUGCAAGGGCAUUCUCUCAGAUAUAUUAAAAUGUCUUGGUGACAAUAAGAAGCACAUGAGAGAGUGUGCUUUGAACACACUUGACGCUUGGGUAGCUGCUGUUCAUCUAGAUAAAAUGAUACCAUAUAUUACGGCUUCGUUGACGUAUGCUAAAAUUUAUGCGGACGGGCGUAAAGAUCUUUUUGAUUGGUCAUCCAAACAGCUUAAAGGAAUGAAAGAAUUUCCUGAGGCACUUUUUUUUCUAAAACUUGCUGCUUCUGCUAUGACGGUAUCCUUUACUUUCCUAGUUUCCCUGCAUAUAUUUUACUUUUGUACUAUUUUUUGCAUUCAUUUAGCUUUUACUCAAUGUUUUAAAGUUUUAUUUUACUCCUAUAUGUGUGUGUGUGUGUGUGUGUGUGUAUAUAUAUAUAUAUAUAUAGCAGUUGCUGGAUAGUUCUUAAUUGUGUGCUCCUGCGGCCGAAUUGCAACAAUUUAAAAUUGAGCACCUAGUAGGAACUAAUAAAACUAGUUUCUUUUUGUUAUAGUUGGGUUCAACUUAGAAUAUAUAAUUUUCAUAUAUCAAAUUUUAAAGACAUUUAUUUAUUUAGAUUAUGUUUAAUUUGUGGUAAAAAAAUAUCAUUGUUUAACCAAAAUAUUCAAAACAUUAAGUGUUUUCAAGGACAAAAGAAUUGUAGGGAGCAUAUAAUAUGUUGGUAGAAAAAAGAAGAGUAAUUAACGAAUUGAAACACAAAAACAUUUAGUACAAGUAUAUUGUAGCUAGGUCUCUUUGUGGAAUUCUGUAAUGAUCCUUAAAUAUUACCAGAGGCGGAUCCAACAAUUGAGAAACACGGGGGUCUUGUCUCUUUAGUUAUGAUUAUAUUUUUCAGUAUUGAGAGCUCAUACCUUCACUACAAUAAACUAAGAAAAUUAUGGAGUAGUAUUUGCAUAAACAUUCAAAAAUUUCUGGACAAAGACAAUGGGACGGAGGUAGUAUAUAUAUAUAUAUAUAUAUAUUAUAUAUAUAUAUAUAUAUAUAUAUAUAUAUAUAUUAUAUGGCGUUUCUAGAGAGAAGGAGGAGCUGCGACCGGCGACGUUAUGACGAUUUCAAUCUCCGGAAUCCCUACAUCGGCAUCUAUGGUGGUCACCGGAACUCUUUUCAUCCAAGCCGGCGCCCUCCUCUCAUUUCAUCUAGAAGGGAGAGCUCUUCUUUUUACUUCAGGGACAGAACUCAUCACAGAAAGACCACUAUCCAUAGGAAAUGGCGGAGAAGCUGGCCAUUCAGAUCCCCACAAUCGCGAGCCUGGGCCGAUUCUUAUGUGUUCAGCAGAUCUCGCCUUGCCCAGCACGAAAUCAAACACCAAUCCCUCGGCACAGAACCAAGCAAGAACUCUAGCUUCACCUUCAAAACCCAAAACAAGGUAUUUGAGCUUUUCCACUCUCAUUACAACAAAAACUUCUGCUUAUCUGAGUGCGGGAAAAAGAGAUAUCACCUUUGGUUUUUGACCUGGAAACAAUUAGAUGGAUUUUAGAAUCUCUUCCCAGGAUUUCUGUCAAUAGAUCUUGGGCACUUUUCUCCUUUGCUGCUAACCGCACCAUUGAACUCUCUUCUGGCUCAAAUCCUAGAGGGGAAUUCAUUAAAAUUCAGGAGAAGAGAAGGGAAGGGAAGAGAUUCAUAUUACUCCCAUCUGGUCCUAGAAAUGAUGAUGUAAAUUUAUUCUUCAAGGCACUGUCUUUCUUCGUUGAGAAGGUCACCAACGCUACAACAUCUACAACGUCUUCCUUGAGAAGGUCAACGACUCCUUUUACAGCUCCUCAGGUUUCUGAUCCACCUAUGAAACUGUUGUGUGAUACUCCCUCUGUUCACCCCCCACCAAUCCACUCUCAAUCCACAGCUGUGGAAACAGAAACACCAGGAUUACAAUCUCAGACUGGAGAGGGGGACCUUAGCGAGGAGAACCCAAGCUUAGGCCGUGUGGAAGACCGUGGUCUGGAUCUUGAAGCCUCAGGGAACAACCCUCUGAAUCCAGGAUUUAACUCCAACUUGGCUCGGUUUUAUGAAGUCAUCAGGGAUGAUGAUAAUCCUAAAGAGGCUGAUAUUCAUCACAAGGCAGACAUGGGCAAGCAGAUUGAGCCUUUUCAGGGCUUACAGCCUUAUACAAUCCUCUACCCUCCUUUGCAAAGAUCAAGUCUCUCCCCUUUGGCCACCGAAUUCAUUCCCACCACGCCCAAUUCCUUUGCUGUGCUAUUCAACCCGGGACAUGCUUCUGAAACCUCCCUGGAUCCUAUCCCAUUAGAAGAUCCAUUGGUAAAUUUAUAUGAAAGGAAUAUGGCACUCUACAACAAUGCCAUUGAGGAUUUGCCGCAUGAAAGAGAUGAGCCUCUACUUUACACACACUCGGAUGGAGAAGACAAAGUCUUUAUAGAUUAUAAACUUAAACCCCUCCAAAUUGACACUUCUAGGUGCUCUAAGACUCCAUUAUUGCUGGGAAGGGUGUUUAAAGGUCGGAAAACCUACUCUCCUUCUCAAGUGGUCACAAGAAGUAAGGCGAGACUUCUUGCUGAAGGUCGAAAAAAGUCUCCUUUGGGCUGGUUUGAGGACCCAGAUGAACCAGCAAAUACCUUCGCAAAUGAAAUUAUACAAGCUUUCAAACAAAGCUGUCCGGUAAAAAAGGAGGUUACCCCCAAACAACCCCUUACCCGUAGCCAGAAAAAGAAAGCCAAAAAGAAGUUAAAGCUUGCAAAGGUAGUGGAACAAAAUUGGGACGAUUAUGAAGAUGACUAUCUCUAAAACUUAUCUACAGAAGGGUUUAUUUCUUGCUUCUCUCAUUUUGUGAUUAUGCAGAGGUAUGAUUUUAGAGGUAUGAAUCUCAGUGCAGGUAAUUGCUACCUAUGGUGAUUUAAAGUUUGUUUCUUUUGAGGCUUAGUAACAGUCGUCUUCAUGGUCUCUGGUGUUCACUGAGAGUGGAGUANAGUUUUGGACUCACACUGUUAUCUAGCGCAGAUCCUGAGUUAAAGGGGGCUAUUUCAUCUGAUAUAAAGAGCCGACACUCUCCCAUUCUGACUUUGUUUUCUAUAGCUUGGAGCUACAGCCUGGUCCUAAUUUACACUCAACUUCUGCAGACUACAGCCUGGUUCCUUGGCGCAAAUUUCAACAAACCUGUAUUAUUGAUGUCCAUGUAGAUUUUUUGGAAUGUUAUCUUUGUUUGGGAUAUCUAUCUUUUGGUGCGUGUAUUUCCAUUUAUCUUCCUUGGCCAAAUUGUAGGGGCAUCUGGCCACCCCAUUUGUACUGUUUUUUUUCGUUUUUAAUAAAACUUUUAUUAAUUU